GACUAUGAGGCCAAUUAUAGUGUCCCUAUUGCAUUCUUAGCUGAUGUAAUACAUUGCAAACCAUGUUUUUUUUGGAGUUGUUUGCCUCAGUAGCACAGGAUUUGAUGCAGCUACACCAUAAAAACAUUUGGAGGUAAACCAUUCUUGAUUUAGUUUACUCCAGAAACAAAUCAUAUAGUGUUAUUUAUGAAAGACAACUGAUUCUCUGGUUCUGGACAGCUACUGAUUUGGACUUGUAUUUUUAUUUUUAGGGAGGAAUUAUUAUGGCACAUGUAAAAAUGCUUUGGGAGGAUGUUCAAUCAUCUUGUUAUGAUCCUUUUCUGUCAGCUACGGAGAAUGUAGAGCUUGGUCGACGAAUUACUACACAUAUUGCCACAGUGUGCGAACAACUGUUCCUUCACUACCUUUACACAUUUGACAUAGUAAGACAUCGUGAUGUAUUCACUGACCAUGCUAAUAUUAGUAGAUUCAAGGCUCAACUUUCUGUCGACUGCACUAAAUUUUUGAAAGUUCUAGCUAUAAAGACUCGUAUUGCUGGAGAGAUCAAGGCUUUAAGACGUUCAGCAAAGAGUGAUGACGAGGAUUUUGUCAUAAAUAUCUAUGAAAAAUCACAUUUAGACACAAGUGUACCAUCAUCUACUAAACAAUUUGAAAAUCAAGGCAAACCUAAACAUACGGUCAGCAAACAACAGCCUCCUUAUACUGCCCCUACUUUGAAGUACCUCUAUGAACUCAGCAGACCUAAAUCAGGAACGCAGAAAAUACAUUCAGUAGCGAAUGAUCUUAAAGAGAUCAAAGAAAAUAUACUGUAUCUGGAUCUAGAACAGUUAUAUCAUGUAUUACCUCAAGAUGUUGAAUUAGUGGAAUCAACUGUAACUGAUAGACCAAUGGAGAUUGCUGCUGUGCAAAAUAUUGCUGCUUUGCAAGAAGACCCACAACCAGUUGUAAAGAAAAUCCGAAAGCCAAACUGGAUUUCAAAUUCAAUGAAACCCCAAUCUAUGCCAAACCUACUAAAGGUAGAUAUUUUGAGGUCAGAAACAAAAAUCGCACCAGUCCAAAAUCCAAACGUACCCCUGUACAUCCCAGAGUUUAAAGAGGAAUAUGCUGGAGUAGAGAGUUCAGUUGCUGAUGAACUCAGGAGGAUGUCGCAAAUGUCGUAUCAAGUGGAAGAUGACAGUGAUCCUGAAGCACAGAUUCCUCCUCUAAUUCAAGCACUCACGCGUUAUAGGAGUGGUUAUCACAAUAAAGUGAAGAAUCAAAAGAUGCAGCAAAUGUUGAUGGAAUUGGAAGGAGAAGAAAGUCAAGAAAAGCUGAAACAGCAGACUAAACUGCAGAAACCAGAGCAUCCACAGCCCACCAUCAUCACAACAUCAAUGCCAAAGAAAGUGAUAGUGCAAACAACUGAUGUUCGAAUAUCGGAUAGAUUUUAUUCUGACUGUAUCCAUCUUGACCUAUUUCCACCCUUGUUCAAUGAAUUUGUGGGAGAGAUUGAACCAGCAACAGUGAAGUGGUUAGACAGAAAUUUGUUCUCCGGUGAAGAACUCCAAGACGUUUACAAGGCGCUAAUCCCAAACAUCCCAACCAAUUACCUGUUAUUUGACCAGGACCUUGUUGCAAUUCCUCCAGCAACUGAAUCAAAGCUCUCCAAUUAUACUGCAUCUUCCACUUUAACCCGGAAGAAAAAAGAACGUAUCUUUAAUCCCAAACUUCAAAUUCCGAUUACGAACCAGUCUUCUCAAAUACAUAUAACAUCAGACGGAGAAAUAGAAGAUCCUGUUUUCGAACCUAAACCUUCCAAAAAACAUGCCAUGUGGCUACAAACGUGGAAAACCACCAUCACCUCUAAUGACUACCUAAAACAAUUAGCUUCACAGGAGUCUGACUUUCUGAAGGUUAUCUAUCACUUGUAUGCUGAUGAUGCCGUGGAUGAUGAUGAUGAAAAAAAAGCAAUGAUGGUAAAGCAAUUAGAAGAGCAAAGAUGAUUGGGAAGCUCAAGAAAUUACUCCUGAGAAGAUUAAA